CGCGGGCGGAAGGUUCGUGGUUCCAACACUGGACGAAGACGAAAGGAAAAUCAGAGGACCUCUAAACCUGCCAUAAACAUGGCCACUCUGUUAAAGAGAUUUACAAAAGCUCUGUCAGUCAGCUUGUGCCUCUGUUUGGCUGCAAAAGCAUCCGUUGUUAUAGGCAUCCAACACGCUCAUUCUACAGGAAACUAGCUCUCAACGUUUUGCUACGUGAUAGUAGGUGGACAAUAUUCAACUGUCGUCCGACAACUUAACCACAAAAUUCGUAGGCACAAUGAAUCCCCAGUCCAUCCAAAAGGCGAACUCGGUUCGAUAUACUCUAGGGAAGGCAGAAUCCAGAGGGAGGGGGUUAUAGGCUGAAAGACGCGGCUAGCAACGUGCACAAUACGGAGACCUAUAAAAUGGAGUGCUUUUCUCUCUCACAUCCCUCUAACCUUCUCCCUUGAUUUAGCCCCAGAACUUCCCACUUGCGAUCCCAGGUCAUACUGAAAGAUGAUCCGACCAGCUUACGCAGAUGCUGCAUCUGUAAUACCCACACGACUAUCAUUCCGGCAGCUGCUUGUUUUAAUCUCUUAUAUUUCCCUAGAGUGCUCACUGCCUGCAACAAUCGGCGAUACUCGGCAGCUGGAAUAUCUAAUCCAGCGCGAUGAAAAGGAGUGGAACCCACGGGUGGGCCUAGAGACGCUGGCCGAUAUGAGACAGCAAAGUUGGCAAGACAUUUGUUUGGAUGCACAGCGGGGUUGGAAAAAACUGCACAAUUACCUGGCGCAGCAAAAUGCCAUCGAUUCUACGGUAUCGUGCGAGCAACUGCGUGACCACCUUUACCACCUCCUCCGUGGCAUUGAGCAAAUAUCAGCGCAAGGCCUAAAUGCACUUUGUGAUCAGAGACCCGCUUCAAAGUUGCCCAACUCCCUGAUUAGAGAAAAAGGAAGCUUGAUCUUGGUUUGUGUUAGUUUAUCAGUCAUUCCGACCGCGACUGACCAUGUUCCACUGAGAUCGUUGCUGAUGGAUCCUGAGCGACAAUUGAUCAAGGAGAUGUGUCACCAACUGCGGGGAUCGGCUGUUUUCCAGAAUCCGGUCACAGAAAAUCAGCUAUGGGGGGCGUUGGAGUCUAUAGAAUUGCUCUUUGCUGGGGAGGAAGAUGUGUCGGGUUGCAGCUGCGGAAAUUGUGGUUCCAUUUGCAGCGAGAGUCGAUAUGUCGAGUUUCGUCGCAGAUACAAAUAUCUGCAUCGUAACAAUGCAUCGUUUGCUCAAAGCGGUACUACUUACGAAGUGUCGGAAGUCCUUACAGAAGAGACUAUAGUGGAGGAAUCUUUGAGAAACUCAAGUGCGUGCUAGGUGUACUGUAGCUCACGUUUUCCGGCAUCGGAAACCAGCAGACCGACUCCCCAUUCCUGAUAUCAUUUCUUGUGCUGACAUUUUUUUGAUAAUGUACAAUCAAUGUAUCAAAGUGGGUGAAGUUGGUUAUAAACAAUUAACAAGUCAAUUGUCCC